AUGGAAGCAAUAACAAAGUUUUGUGAUGAAGCUAUUGUGCUAAGAACCCUAAACUUGAUUAAGAAAUCAACAAGAUUGUGUCAUUUUCUCCAACUCCACUCUCUGUUCCUCAAAUCCUCCCUUGAUCAUAACUCUAACAUCAUCUCCCAUUUCAUCUUACCAGCUUCCUCCAUUUCACUCUCUUACGCCAAUUCCUUCUUCCAUUCCUUACCCAUCACCCCUCCACUCUUCGCUUGGAACACCAUAAUCAGAGCUUUCUCUAACACCCCAACUCCAUUUCAUUCUCUUUACCUCUUUCGCCAACUUCAAAGUUCCCAUUUUUCACCAAACAAUUUUACGUACCCUUUUGUAAUCAAGGCGUGUGCUCGCUUUUCGUCGAUUUAUCAUGGUGGGAUGAUUCAUUCUUUGACGAUUAAGACGGGUUUUUGUUCCGAUUGUUAUAUUGGUAAUGCCCUUUUGAGGUUUUAUGCUGAUUGUGGGGAAAUUGGGUUUGCACGUAUGGUGUUUGAUGAAAUGUUUGAUAGGGAUGUUGUUUCUUGGAGCUCGAUGAUUGGUGCGUAUGUUUGUUCCAAGACUCCUUUAGAGGCGUUUAAUGUGUUUCAAGAGAUGAGGGUGGCUGAUGAAAAGCCGAAUUAUGUGACGUUGGUUAGUUUGCUUUCGGCUUGUACUAAAACGAUCAAUUUGUGUGCUGGUGUGUCCGUUCAUUCAUAUAUUAUAAGGAAUCAUAUUGAAAUGGGUGUUGAGUUGGGGACUGCUUUGUUUGAGAUGUAUGCAAAAUGUGGGCAGAUUGAUAAAGCACUUUUGGUUUUUGAUUUGAUGCCUGAAAAGAAUUUGCAGUCGUGCACUAUCAUGAUAUCUGCUCUUGCAAAUCAUAGCCGUGAAAACGAUGCUAUUUCUCUGUUCAACCGAAUGGAGGAUAUGGGUUUGAAACCUGAUAGUUUGUCGUUUUCGGCGAUUCUAUCUGCCUGCAGCCAUAUGGGACUUGUUUAUGAGGGGAAAAUGUAUUUUGAUAAGAUGGUGAGAUUGUACAACAUAAAGCCAACUGUUGAGCAUUAUGGAUGCAUGGUUGACUUGUUAGGAAGAGCUGGCUUGCUUCAAGAAGCUUAUGAUAUCAUAAAGAAUAUGCCGGUAGAGCCUAAUGCUGUCAUAGUGAGGAGUUUUCUGGGUGCUUGUAGGAAUCAUGGGUGGGUUCCUAAUUUGGAUGAUGAUCUAAUGUCUAAACUGGAGUCUGAAUUGGGGGCAAACUAUGUGCUAGCUGCAAAUCUUUUUUCGGACCGUUCUUCUUGGAAGGAUGCUAAUGAGUUGAGGUUGGUGAUGAAGCGGAAAGGGUUGAAGAAAGUUCCUGGUUGUAGUUGGUUGGAGGUGCAAAAUUGA